AUGGCAGAACAACAAACACAGACUGCCCAAGGGCGGAAGAGGAAGCACUUCGUGCCACUUGAGAACAACCCUGCAGUCAUGACCAGUCUUCUUCACAACCUCGGCCUGUCUCCAACCCUAGCCUUCCACGACGUCUUCUCGCUCGACGACCCGGACCUCCUCGCCUUCGUGCCGCGACCGGCGCAAGCGCUUCUCCUCGUCUUCCCCGUCAGCAACACGUACGAGAAGUUCCGCCACGAAGAGGACAAGGACAAGCAAGAAUAUGAAGGUCAUGGCGAAGCUGAAGACGUGAUAUGGUACAAGCAAACCAUCGGCAACGCGUGCGGGCUCAUCGGCGUUUUGCACGCGGUCUCGAACGGCGCGGCGAGGGCGAUGAUUCAGCAGGAUAGCGACUUGGACACGCUGGUCAAGCGGGCUCUUCCGUUGAAACCACGUGAACGCGCAGAACUGCUCGAGGAGACUGAGGCAUUGGAAACGGCUCAUUCGGCUGCGGCUUCGACUGGUGAUACGGCGGCUCCGCAGGCGGAGGAUAAUGUGGACCUGCACUUUGUGUGCUUCGUGAAGAGUGAGAAGAACGGGCACUUGUUUGAGAUGGAUGGAAGGAGGAAAGGGCCGAUCGACCACGGUGCUCUUGGGGAGGGAGAUGAUGUGCUAAGUGAGAGGGCGUUGGAACUGGGUGCGAGAGCGUUCAUGAAGAGGGAGGCUGAGGGAGGGGAUUUGAGGUUCAGCAUUGUUGCGCUGGCGGAGAGCUUUGAUGAUUGA